UAUUUCAUUUGUUUAUCAAAACGAAUGCAAAGAAGAUACUAAAAUACUGAAUAAAACUUUUGGAUCGUGUAAGGAUCUACAAAAAAAAGACACUUUUUAAUGUAAUCAGCAAAGAAAACUUGCAACUGGCGUUAAGCUGUCAAGCGGACAGAGAGCAAAGUCCAAGAUCAAGUAGAAGAGACACAAUAAGCAGAGCUACGAAAACAUAGAAAGUGCGGAAAGAUAACACAGUUCGCAAGUCGUAAUUUGGGGCAGGUAACGAAACAUUUCGGGCAUGGCGACCAACUUUCGGAACACAACGCUCAAUGAGGAACGAAUAUUUGGCAAUACAAAUGGGCUAAACACGUCAGCUGGAGUAAUUCCUACGAAUCAUCCACCACCUUUGCCACCGAGACCACAGUUUUCGGGUGGUGGGGGAGAUAUGAUGUUCGGUAAUCGGUAUGGAUUUCCUGGCCAAUCUGGAUAUCACAGCUACAGCCCGUACGGAGGAUAUUCCUCUAUGGAUUAUUAUGGCCACAGGAGCUACGGUGGAUAUGGAGGGUACGGUCAAGGAUAUGGAGGAGGAUACGGUAACCCCGGUGGUGGGUUCAAUUACCCGGAACACAGGUUUAUUCAGUUAGCAGAAGAAAGUUCGCGGCCCGCCUUUCAGAUCCUUGAAUCGCUCGUCGGCGCAGUUGGCAAUGUGGCGACGAUGCUAGACUCUACCUUCUUUGCCGUCACCAGCUCAUUCCGUGCCGUGCUGAGUGUGGCAGCAAAUUUGGCGCACCUGAAGGGAACGUUUGCCCAGUUCUGGUCAUCUUUGGCUGUUGUGCGAGCGGCCGUGUGGUUGUAUAAAAAGAUGCUGUACAAACUGAGGAUAACGAAAACAGAUCCCACGUUGGAGGCAUUCAAAGAAGCGUUUAAUGUAUCUACUGGUAGCGAUGUGAACGGUAACAACAACGGCAGAAAACAUUCAUCCUCACUUUUAGCAGCACUAUUCAUGGGUUUCAUGCUCUCCGUACCCUAUAUGCUGAUAAAAUUGUUUGCACCAAAAGUCAGCGAAGAUACUGCACUAAGCGAUCCUGCCAUGUGGAACAAUCCAGUGGAGGUGCAGGCAUUGCACAAUUUCGAUGCCUCCAACGCUCAGGAGAUGUCGAUCCGUGCGGGACAAUCGGUGUUACUUGCGCCGAAGCAAAUUCAAACCGACCGACAUUUGCUGAACAGUGGAUGGGUACUAGCGGCUACAGCCGAUCGACGAACGUCCGGAAUCAUUCCACUAAACUAUGUACAAGCGCUGAAACAAUCUGUCGAGAGUCAGUAGAUAAUUAAAAAUAUUAGCGGGUCUGGUAUCUUACAGUGAUUUCAAUAAAAUGGCUUUUAUUAACCAGCGA